UUUGAUUGGUCGCCGGAACAGGAAAUGCGAGUGGGCGGGGCUUGAGUUUCGCGGAGGUCUUGGGAAGGCGAAAUGGAGGGGUGUGUGUCUAACGUAAUGAUCUGUAACCUGGCCUACAGUGGGAAGCUGGAUGAGUUGAAGGAGCGCAUUUUGGCUGAUAAAUCUCUGGCUACUAGAACUGAUCAGGACAGCAGAACAGCUUUGCACUGGGCAUGCUCAGCUGGCCAUACAGAAAUUGUUGAAUUCUUGCUGCAACUUGGAGUGCCAGUGAAUGAUAAAGAUGACGCAGGUUGGUCUCCUCUUCAUAUUGCUGCCUCCGCUGGCCGGGAUGAGAUUGUAAAAGCCCUUCUGGUGAAAGGUGCACAUGUGAAUGCUGUCAAUCAAAAUGGCUGUACUCCACUCCAUUAUGCAGCUUCGAAGAAUAGGCAUGAGAUUGCUGUUAUGUUACUAGAAGGUGGGGCUAACCCAGAUGCGAAGGACCAUUACGAUGCUACAGCAAUGCACCGGGCAGCAGCGAAGGGUAACUUGAAGAUGGUUCACAUUCUUCUGUUCUACAAAGCAUCCACAAACAUCCAAGACACUGAGGGUAACACUCCUCUACACUUAGCCUGUGAUGAGGAGAGAGUGGAAGAGGCAAAAUUUCUCGUGACUCAAGGAGCAAGUAUCUACAUUGAGAAUAAAGAAGAAAAGACACCCCUGCAAGUGGCCAAAGGGGGCCUGGGUUUACUGCUCAAGAGAAUAGCAGAGAGUGAAGAAGCUUCCAUGUAGCCUGCGUGCGUUUUGUGGUCCUCGCUGUCCUGGAGAGUGUUGUGCAUAUGACAACGUUUUCUCACCUUCCUGGAAAGUGUUGUACAUAUGACAAUGUUUUCUCACCUUCCUAACUUGAUACUGUGUGCUAUUGCUCCUACUGAAGUACCUGUUCUAUGCUUUCUACCCACUUUCCAGGAUUGAAAAACUGCUCAGCUUGUUCUCCUGAUGCCACGAAUUAAAUCUUGAGUACUUCGGAGUAA